AUGGCUAUACCGUGUGCGAAAAGUGGUCUUAAUGAUAUCCUCAUCCCUGACUCUGAACUGAUAGUAGCCCGACCUCAAAUUGCAUAUUGGGAAAGCCCAACACUCUCUUAUGCAGAACUUCAACAAGCCACCAACAGAUUCUCUUUGGCCAACUUGAUCGGUGUAGGGAGUUACGGUUUUGUUUAUAAAGGAAUCCUCAACUCUGGUGAACAAAUUGUCGCUGUGAAGGUAUUCAACCAUCAACUGCUUGGUUUUGAGAAAAACUUCUUGGCUGAAUGUGAAGCUUUGAGGAACAUUUGCCACCGCAAUCUGGUUAAGAUCAUCACAUCUUGUUCAAGCGUAGAUUUUAUAGGAAAUGAUUUCAAGGCUUUGGUCUUUGAGUUCAUGCCUAAUGGGAGUUUAGAGAACUGGUUACACCCAAUUUCAUCUGACCAACUGAAUCAAAGUUCAUCCAUGCGGCUGAAUUCAAAGAAUUUGAACCUAAUCCGAAGGCUAAACAUUGCAAUCGAUGUGGCCUCUGCAUUGGAUUAUCUUCACCAUCAGUGUGAAAUGGCAAUCAUUCAUUGUGAUCUAAAGCCAAGUAACGUUCUUCUUGACAGUGAUCUUUGUGCGCAUGUAGGUGAUUUUGGUCUUGCAAGGUUUCUUGUAGCCACCAAUGGUAAAUCUAAUUAUACACAAAGUAGCUCAUCAAUUGGAGUUAGAGGAACAAUUGGUUACAUUGCACCAGUACUUCAACAAUUUAAGCACUAUCAUUCGUUUCAAAUUGCAAAAUAUGGUAUGGGUGGGGAGGUUUCAACGGAAGGUGAUGUGUAUAGUUAUGGAAUUCUUUUACUGGAGAUGUUUACUGGAAAAAGGCCAACUAGUAGUAUGUUUACAGACAAUUUCAGCCCUCAUAACUAUGCUAAGAUGGCGCUUCCAGAUGGAGUGAUGGGGAUUGUCGAUUCUCUACUCAUAUUGGAAGAGGACGAUGAAUCUGAAAGGGCCAACCAACGCAACAUUGCUAGAACAAAAGAUUGCUUGGUAUCGGUGCUAAGAAUUGGAGUCAUUUGCUCUUCUGACAUACCAAGAGAAAGGCUGGAUAUUACAGAUGUUCUAAAUGAACUCCACAAGAUUAUAAAUGCGUUUCUUAUGUAUGGACGAGAGGAGAGAAAGAGUGAGAAAGAGAUGGAAGAAGUAAUUCCUAGUUAG